UAGUUUGGAUAUUACAUUCUUGAAGUAGAGUAGAGUUUUGGAAUAUGGGUUUGGUUAUUUAAAAGCACGAAAGCAUCUGACCCUGAGCAAGGAGCCAAAGAAAGAAAGGGGUCUUUGUUUCUUUAUUGAGAUGUUCAGGGUUUCUUCUCCUCUCUAGCUAUCUUUGUUUCCUAUACAUAUAUAGCAACAAGUAGCGAGACACAUUCAUGCACACACAUGUCUCUCUCCAUCUUUUACUUUGAGCUAGCUAUCAAUUCGGACAUGGUGUCGACUUCCUGAACAACAUCUAUUUCUGAUCCAUCCACAAUCUACGAUUCUUGUUAAUUAAUUAAGAGAAUUUGGUGGCUUUAUUAAGAAUUAUUUGGGGAUCUGCCAAUUUGGUGGUGCGGCUAGCAGUUGGGCCGAAGGUGCGGAGGCGUGGAGGCAUGGCUCUGAGUCCGAUUAAUCCAGGGAGAAGGAUUGAUCAGAAUCAACAUUUGAAUCACGAGCAUCCCAUGAUGGAAGUGCAGAGGAAGAAUGAUGGUCAACUUAUUUUCUGCGAUGGGUGCGGUGACCCAGUGCUUGGGCCUAGCUACACUUGCAACAUUUGUUACGAACAGCGUAGAAGUAGCUUCGAUCUCCAUAAAUCAUGCGCCGAGCUACCGGGUGAGAUCCACCACCCGAUCCACCGCAAGCACCCACUUACUCUUGACACAAGCGACAGGGAAAAGAGUUGCAGUGCAUGUCAUCAAGAUUGCAUCUCGAGGUUCAGUUACAGUUGUUUCCAAUGUGAGUUCAACAUUGACCUCCAAUGUGCUUCCAAUUGGCGCAACAUUCUUGACUUUCAUGACCACAAAUUCACCCUUCAUAGGAAGCCAGCGAAAUUAACUUGUGAAGCCUGCGGCGAAGAAAGUGUUAGUACUAAUAUUUACAGUACUAGAUUUAUUUACAGUAAAUAUGGCACCGCCAUGUACCUCUGCAGCAUCUGCCAGCUCCUGGUCCAUGGAUGUUGUUCUAGGUUACCAACCCACAUCAAAACGGCCCAGCACCAACACCGCCUAAAGCUCACCUGGUCGUUUGAAGAUACUUUCCCGAAAAUCCAAAAUUUCUGUGACCUCUGUUAUAGAAACAUGGACAAAAGCCGCGCAGUUUAUUAUUGUGAACAUGAAUAUUGCAGUUAUGUCGCCCACAAUGACUGCGCAACACGACGUUAUGAGGCAGUUGAAGAUAGUGCUGCUGCUGAUGAUGAUGAUAGAAUAAUCAGCAACCAAAUUGAGUUGCAAAUCAAUCACUUCAGCCAUCCACAUGUCUUAGCCCUCAUCAAUAGUGAUCAUCAAGAUAAUGGUGGUGAUGAUGAUGAUGAUGAUAGAAUAAUCACUUGUAAUGGCUGCAUGCGACCCAUCACCAAAGUGGAUGCCUUUUAUAGCUGUACAAAACAAGAGUCGUCGUGCUCUUUCUUUCUACAUACAGCUUGUGCACAGUCACCUAAAAAGAUGCAUUUGGCAACUAUCAUUGGCCAGGACUUGGAACUCCAUCCAAGGACUCAUUCGAUUGGUGGGGUGUUCAAGUGUCUUCUUUGUUAUACGUUUGGCCAAGGCUUCGUAUACCUUUAUGAGAUUAAUUCAAUUUUCGGCAUUGACCUUCAGUGCGCUAUUCUAUGGAAGCAGAAGUCUCUUAAACAUGAGGCUCAUUUUCACACCCUCCAGUUUAACAAAAACAAUGAAAGCACUUAUAAAUGUAGGGGUUGUGGCACUUCUAAAAUUUUGCAUUGGUUCAGUUGUAGGAGAUGCGACUUCCAUCUCUGUUUUUCAUGUGUUAAAUUACCACCUACAGCAAGGCACAAGUACGACAACCAUCCUCUCAAGCUCACCUAUAACAGUGUUGAAAACGAGUUAGAUGAAUAUUAUUGUGAAAUAUGCGAAGGCAAACGAGAUCCCGGACUCUGGUUCUACUCCUGCUCGGAUUGUGACUUCGAUUGUCAUCCUCAUUGCAUUCUCGGGAGGUAUCCGCAAGUCAAGUUAGGAGAUAGUUACAAGCAUCCGACUCACCCACACCUUGUCACCCUUGUUGACAAGAGAAAGAGUGAAAUUCCUUCCGAUAAGAGAGAGCGGAUUCUUCCUUGUAAGAAGUGUAGUCAACCUUGCGAACGAUUGGUGUUUGAAUGUUCUAAGUGUAAAAUAAAUUUCCACAUAAAAUGUUAUAUUAUGUGAAAAUUUUAAUGUCUGAUUUUUCAAAUUAAUUUAUUCUCGUUUCAUAUUUUGUACUUGCAGUCUUUAAGUUUUAAACUCUUGUUAGUUACCGAUAUGGUCAUGUGCAUGUUAAAUAUCGCAAACUUCCUACAAAACUCUUGAAAAUAGUUGGGUUCUCUAUUUCAGCUCCAUCUUCAUACUUGGAGAGCUACACUCCUCUUUCCAGAGGUGUGGGCAGAAAUGACGAAAUUCAACCUUCCAGAGGUGUGGUAAGAAGUAACUAUGUUCUGUAUACGAUCGAGGGCACAACUAUGUUCAAUUGGCUUUGCAUAAGAUCAAACCCAAACUGAACACAACGUAGGAUCCUGAUUACAUUCAACGAAAGCGAAACUGGUUCGAUAAGUUCGACUAUGCAAAAGCUUGAGGCUCUCUUUGAGGUUCUGUGCAAGACACUGACAUGCUUCAAGAAAAUCGAUUUGUCUUGCAUUUUCCAUUGGAUUAAAUCUCAAGCAAGGUAAUAUGCAAACUAAAAGUUACACAACUACGUAUGUAUGUGGAUAUUUUAUUUUAUUUUAAUCAAAUAUGUAUGUGGAUAUGAAUAAUAUGAAUAUCUCCACACUAAACAGAAUUAACAGAGUAAACAGACAGAACCAAAGAAAACAUCCCCUGCUAAAUACACAUAUUCUUUUAAAAAAAAUAUACCUUUUUUUUUUUUAAAGAAAAAGAAAAGGAUAAACUCACUUGUGGUUGGGUUCAAGAAUCUUUGUUGUCAUAAGCAGCGUGUGUGUGAGCUUCUUUGUAGAAGAAGACGAAGACACAACAAUUUGAACAUAAUUACUAUAAAAAUUCAAAAUCCCAUUACCUACAAAAGCAAGAAAGCAUCAGGCAUGUUUUAUUGAGAGAGUGAGCUUCCUUCCUUUCUGUAUGUCUCUCUUUCUUGUUGCUAUAACAGCUACUUCUACAUUUCUCUCUCUUCACAGCCAUUGAUUUGCUGAUCCAUGCAGAAUUCGCAGUUCAUCCUUUCCUAUUUUUUAAAUAUAUUUUAUACAAAAAAUACUGUGGAGGGUGGAUUCUAACACAUGAUGUCGGUUACAAGGAUAACUGCUCUUAAUCACUUGAGCUAUAAGUCUUUUGCCAUUCCUGAUUCAUCCUUAAUUUAGGUAACCUACGGAAACACUCUUGUGAUAUAUAUAUAUAUAUAUAUA